AUUUUAACUAUUAUUAGAAGUAUAGAAAUUUGUAUAUAGACAAGUUUUAGUGUGUAAAACUAGCACUAAUAGAUAUUAAAGUAUUAAUAGACUCAAGGUAUGCAAAUAUGAACUUUUUUAGAAGAAAAGCCAAUGACUCAAGUGAGUCAACUAUGUCAUUAUCUGAAACUGCAUCAAUAUCUUCUAGAUCAACAACGGAAACUUUAGGAUCUUCAGCCAUAAAGAAAAAAGAUAUUCAAUAUAUAAAGUGUCAUACUCCAUUUGAAUAUCCAAUAAAUCCUCCUCAAGCUCCUAAAUUUGAUUUAACUCCAGAUCAACAAACUAAAUAUGAUCAGAUAUUAGAACAUUUUAAAGUAUAUUCUAAAAGAGAAGAUAUACCUGUAAAUGAUCAACCAAAUGCUGAAACACAUCCCUUGGUUGAAGAAGAAUUAGCUUGGUUAACAAAAGAAUGUUUUUUAAGAUAUUUACGAGCCACCAAAUGGAAACUAGAUGCAGCUAUAAAGAGAAUGGAAGAAACUAUAAUAUGGAGAAGAACAUUUGGAGUUGUAAAUAUUCCAAAUCAUACAGAUGCUGAAAAAUUAAUAACUGCAGAUUUAGUUAAAGAUGAAAAUGAAACUGGUAAACAAAUCAUUGUAGGUUAUGACAAUGAUAAUAGACCAUGUCUUUACUUAAGAAAUGGUUAUCAGAAUACAGCACCUUCUAUGAAACAAGUUCAACAUUUAGUUUUCAUGUUAGAAAGAGUUAUUCAAUACAUGCCUCCUGGCCAAGAUACCCUUGCAUUAUUAAUAGAUUUUAAAGCUGCUCCAGAACAUUUAAAUCUUUCAUCAAAAUUCCCAUCUCUUUCAGUAUCUAAACAAGUUUUACACAUAUUACAAAAUCAUUAUCCUGAAAGAUUAGGUAGAGGAUUAUUUACUAAUAUUCCUUGGAUUGGUUAUACCUUUUUCAAAGUGGUUGGUCCUUUCAUAGAUCCAUAUACUAGACUGAAAACUAUUUAUGAUCAACCAUUUGAAAACUUUGUUCCUAAAGAACAAUUGGAUAAGGAGUUCAAUGGAAUUUUAGAAUUUGAAUAUAUUCACGAUGUCUAUUGGCCUGAAUUAAAUGCUAUAGCAGAAAAGAAGCAUAAUAUUUACUUGGAAAAUUUUAGAAAGUUUAAUAGAGAAAUUGGAUUAAGUGAAUACGACUUAAGAUCAUCUAUUCCUAUAACCAAUUAAAUGUCAUAGUAACUACAGAAAAUUAUAGAAAAUUAUAGAAAUUAG